CCUGAUACCAAGGAGCAGGGAGAGGGGUGAAGCGACUUAACUCGUCAGCAAAAGAGUACAGUUGUAUUCUUGGAAUGAUCCCUUCAACCGUUAUAAUAGAAGAAGAGCGGGAAAAGCCACGGCCUGAGCGAACGGAAGCCGAACUGACGGAAAGGGCGGGGGUGAAGAAGAAAACGGGAGAGGGCAAAGUUGAGGAGGACUGCGAGGCAGGGAUGGAGGAGGAGGAGGACGACGACGAAGGAGAAGAGAAGGAGGAGGACGAAGGGGAAGAGGACAAGGAGGUGGACGAGGAGGUGGACGAGGAGGAGGACGAGGAGGAGAAGGAGGACGACGACAAAGGAGAAGAGGAGGAGGAGGAGGAGGAGGAGGAGGAGGAGGAGGAGGACGAAGGUCAUUAUACCGCGGGAGAAGAGGGGGAUGAGGAGGAGGAACAAAAGGAGGGGGAGAAGAAAAAAGGAAAAGAAGAGGACACUUACCAUCGGCGGCGGAGGAGGAGGACACAUAUGGCGACAGAGGAGAAGGAAGAGGAGGAGGAAGAGGAGGAGGAGAGAGAUAUGGCAGCAGUGGAGGAGGAGAGAGAUAUGGCGGCAGUGGAGGAGGAGGACACAUAUGGAGGAGGAGGAGGAGGAGGAGGAGGAGGAGGAGGACACAUAUGGCGGAGGAGAGAGGAGGAGAUAGAAAUUGCGGCGGUGGCAGAGGAGGAGAGAGAUAUGGCGCCGACGGAGGAGGAGGAGAGAGAUAUGGCGGCAGCGGAGGAGGAUGAGAGAGAUAUGGCUGCAGCGGAGUAGGAGGAGGAGGAGGACACAUUUGGCAAAGUAGGAG